CUCCAUGCUCCACCCCGCCCUGCGCCACUCCAUUCUCAGCAGCACCUCCGACAACAAGAGCAGCUCUCGCACGCCUACCAAUCAUAUUGACAUUUCGCGCAGUCCCCUCCCCUCACUAGUUCCUCUGAUCACAUCAGCCGCAGGCGCAAGUUAUAAGGGCGAGGCCCUGCCAGUUCUCCUCCUCUCCUCCUUUCCUUCCAGCAGCAUGAGCGUCACCGCUCUUCCGAUCCACGGUUUGGAGCAGUACGGCAGGAUGAACGGGGGGCAGCCGUCGCCGUCGCACUCCGUGUCCGCCUCCGCCGCCGCCGCCGCCGCUGCCGCCAGCAUUCUCCUGAACUCGAGCGGGCCGUUGCCGAGCUACAUGUCCUCCCCGCGGACGAACGCCGGCGCCGGCGCCGCCGCCGCAGCGAGCGCGGCGGGAGCCCCGGGAUCGUCGAACUCAUCCGGCUCAGUCGAGUCGUCGACGCUGCCGUUCUGCCACACGUGGGACGACGCCGCGCCAGGAAGCCUCGCAGCGCGGCUACUAUCGUCGUCCACGGAGGAGCUCUUCGACGUCCCCGGCGACGACUGCAUUCCCUUGCCUGCCGCCGGCGACGCCACGCUUCGCCCAUCAGCCGACCAGCAACAUCUGUCGCUGGCCGGCACGGGCGACUCGGAGUCCUGGCAGCCUGUCGACGGCGGUGGUCACGCCGCACUCAUCAUGUCCGGCGAGUUGCCGCGGCUUGCCGGCCUGCACGCCCAGCAGCUUGAGUCCUCGUCCGUUGAUUUUCAUCAGAUGAGCGGCGGCCGGCCAUUGCAGCGACUGCUAUCGCAGAGCUCCAUCGGCAGCAACUGCAGCGGCUCCUUCCACCACGCCGCAUACUCCGUCCCAUUCCUCUCCGAUUCCGGCUGCGCCGCCGGUCCCGGCGGCAGCGGCGCGGACGGGCUCUCGGCGACGCCGACGGGGCUCGCGGCGUACCUCCUCUCCGCUCCGCUCGAGGCGCUGUUCGACGUUCCCGAGGAGGAGGAUCCUGCUGGGAUCUCCGCGAGUGGCGCCGAAACUGCUGGCGGCGAGCAGGGCGCGAAUGGGCUCAGAUUAGAUCCCCUCGCGAUCCAGCGAGGCAACACGCCGCCUUUGCCACCGCGGCAGCUGUCCGGCCUGCUGUCCCCGCAGCCCGCGUCUUCCGCCGCUGCUUCUGACGCGUACGUUAACUAUCCCGGGCCCAUCUUCUCCGCGCCGCUAGGCGCCAUGCCUCCGGCUCGGUCGAAAUACCAGCGCCAAGUGUCGGGCAACAGCAUGCCGCGCCAGAUUAAGCGCGUGUUUAGUUGCAACGACGCCCCGCAGGAUCAGGCGGCGCAAGGCGCGUACAGCACCGAUGUAGUGCCUCUUAGCGCGCAAGAGGCAUAUUACGCCGGCAGCCCUCGGCGUGACACCGCCGCCGCCGGGGCCGCCGGCGACGCAGCGGGCGCUGGCGCAUGCGGGGUUGUGAGAAGCCGCAGCACCAACAGCGCGCCUGGCGGCGGCAUCGGCGGAUGCGGCGGCUGGUUCCGCGCAUCCGGCUCCCCCGCCGGAGGCGCGUCUUCCGCCCGCCAGAUCGUCGCGGCGCCUUCCGGCCAGUCCCUCGGGAAAUACGGAUACGCAGCGCAGCAGAGUCAUCAUCAUCAUCAUCAUCACCCAAACCAGCACCAGUUCCCCGGCGGCGCGUUCGCCGACGUUGACCCUUCCUCCGCGUCGUCCGGCGCCGGCUGCGCGUCGUUCCUCCGCCCCAGCACCGGCAGCACGAGCAGCAGCACGGGCAGCGACAACAGCAGCGGCAGCGACAGCGGGAGCAAUGUGAGCCCGUGGCAGAUCGUGGGCGCCAUGGCGGGCGCCGCAAGCGGCGGGAGCGUGAGCGUAAGCGCGAGCGGAUCUUUCGAGGAGGUCUCCCCGCACAGCGGCGCGCUCUCCCGCCAUCGGACCACGGGAUCGCUCGAGUUCGCGCGGUCCUGCUCCGGCAACUACGGCGGCGCGACGCUGCUGUCCCCGCAGCAGCAGCAGCAGCAGAAGUACCUGCAGUUUGGCGGCGCGUCUAUCGGAAGCAGUGCUGGCAGCGGAAGUUUCAGCGCGAUUGGCGGGGGGCUGGGCGGGCCAGGAGGGCAAGGAGGCAGCGGCGGGGGGCCGGAGCGGUGGGUGAUGGCGCCCAUGGGCCCCGUGCUUACGCCCAUCGAGCAGUCGCCCGUUACAUCGGACCGUUACAACCCGUCCGUCGCCUCUGUCGCCAUGGCCAACGGCUCCGCGUCGCCCUUGUCGCAGCGCUCCACGCCCGUCGCCUCGGCUGUCUUUCCCUGCGGCUCGGGGGACACUGAUGAGGCUGUAGCGGACGGCACUCCCCAGCAGGUGAUGCUACAGCAGCAGCUGCAGCAGCAGAUGGCCAUGAUGAUGAUGAUGCAGGGGGGCCCAGCCGCUGCUACAUCCGCCGGUGCUACAGCAGCAGCAGCAGCAGCAGCGAUGCAGCCGUCACAGAGCAAGGAGCGCGCCAUGGUCAAAGCCAGCAGCUACAACCAGCUGCACACGUACAAGCCGCACCACCACCACCACCAUCACCAGCACCAGCACCUCUACAGCAACAUGCACCAUCACCAGCGUAACCUAUCUGGAGCGUCCCCUUGUGCGCGCGGAGUGGCGGCGGGCAGCGGCAGCGGGCCGGGGAGCGUGGUGUCAGAGGCGGAUGUGUGGGGCCUGGAGGAGGAGAUGCGGCAGCUGGAGGCGGACAUGGCGCGCCUACAGGCGGACCCUGCGCGCCUGGCGCAACUGAGCGCGCAGGACAAGCACCGCGUGCACGCCGCGGCGGCGGAGAUCGAGAGCAUGCGCGCGUGCCUCACGCGCCGCUCGCCCUCGCUGCUCAUGUUUGAUGCGUCCCCUGGCGCGCGGCCUGUGGCAGGGGGGAGCUACCAUGGGGGUGGGGGUGCAGGGCUGGCGCUGGGAGUGGCGACGAAGAAGGGGGGGUUGUUGGUGGCUGGGGAUUUGGAUGGCAUGUGAGACAUGUGGAUGGCAUGUGAGACAUGUGGAUGGCAUGUGAGACAUGUGGAUGGCAUGUGAGUCAAGUGGAUGGCAUGUGAGACAAGUGGAUGGCAUGUGAGACAUGUGGAUGGCAUGUGAGACAAGUGGAUGGCAUGUGAGACAUGUGGAUGGCAUGUGAGACAUGUGGAUGGCAUGUGAGACAUGUGGAUGGCAUGUGAGACAUGUGGAUGGCAUGUGAGACAUGUGGAUGGCAUGUGAGACAUGUGGAUGGCAUGUGAGACAUGUGGAUGGCAUGUGAGACAUGUGGAUGGCAUGUGAGACAUGUGGAUGGCAUGUGAGACAUGUGGAUGGCAUGUGAGACAUGUGGAUGGCAUGUGAGACAUGUGGAUGGCAUGUGAGACAUGUGGAUGGCAUGUGAGACAUGUGGAUGGCAUGUGAGACAUGUGGAUGGCAUGUGAGACAUGUGGAUGGCAUGUGAGACAUGUGGAUGGCAUGUGAGACAUGUGGAUGGCAUGCGAGACAUGUGGAUGGCAUGCGAGACAUGUGGAUGGCCCCUGGAAUGGCGAUGCUUCAAAGCUGGUGCAGGAUAGUGAGGUACGGUAGGACACCACCAGUGCUGGUGGUACGGUAUAUGGCCAAGUUGAAGCAGGCUGUAGGCCGGUCCAGCCCGCGCCGCUGCCUGCUGGUCUUGUUGCUACUAUCGUGGAGGUAGGGGGGGAUUCCUAUACCGGUAAUUGAUUGUAUAGCGCACAACUAUUCUUGCAGUAGUAUUGUUGGUUUAGUGUUUCCUCUCCUCUCUGUCCGCCUCCAAUAAUAUACGGAAUACACAUGGGCU